AAACAGCUGAUGCUCGUAUUUGGUGCAUUAUAGUACGAAGUGAGAAGAGGUCUCUAUCACAAAAAUUUGAUUUGUAUCCUACUGCAAAGCUUUACCAUCAUGAGAGAAAGAAUCAGAUCCGACGAUGGCUAUGCCACAGACAAUUCAGAAUCGUGCAGUGACUCUGAAAAGAUGACAUCAGAAGAGCCUGACUUCGGGAUUCUGUUUGAUGUUGACGGAGUGAUUGCCCGGGGAAGCACGCCGCUGCCGGCCGCUGUCGAGGCUGUGAAGCACCUGCGUAACGGGAACUCUCGCCUGCGGGUCCCGGUAGCUUUUGUUACCAAUGCCUGUAGCACUAGCACGUCCAAGGCGGCCGCAAUCUCAGAAUGGCUUGGAAUAGAUGUUACCCCAGAUAUGGUCAUCCAUGCUCCAACUCCCUGCAAGGUCCUCACAGAGUACCAUGACAAACUUGUACUGGUGAUCGGUCAAGACAACCGGAAGGAGAUUGCCAAUGACCUCGGGUUUAACAACAUCUGCUUUAUUGAAGACAUCAAAGAUAGUUAUCCUCUCCUUGAUAUGGUUGAUCAUGAAAACAGAAAAAUUGUGGCUAAAGGAUUUGUGGAAAAGCAAUUUCCGAGAGUUGAAGCUAUUGUUCUGCUUGGAGAACCUGCCAGGUGGGAGACGCACCUUCAGCUCCUGCUGGACUUACUACUCACUGAGGGUCUUCCAACAAAAGCCCCCUCUGGCAUAGCUGAUCACACCCAGCUGCCCGUGAUAGCCUGUAAUAUGGAUUUACAGUUUAUGGCAGAGGCCUGCAUGCCCAGGUUCGGUUCAGGUGCAUUUCUAGUUUGUCUGGAAGCCUUAUAUAAGAAAGUGACUGGUAGAGACCUGGAGUACGAUGCCCUUGUCGGGAAACCAGUAGAACUAACCUAUAGAUACGCUGAGCAUGUUAUUACACAAGAAGCAAAGAAACUAGGUAUCAAGAAGAAAAUCCAGAAGCUGUAUUUCAUGGGGGACAACCCUCUGGUGGACAUUGUUGGCGCUAAUAUGUAUGACCAGUACCUGAGAAAGAAUCGAUCAGAAGAAAAUGGUAACAUUACAGACAAUGACCUUCCCCUUUCCAGAAAGCUUCCUGAUAAUCGCAUUUUAGUCCCUCAGUCAGUGAAAAGAAUUUUCAGUGUGCUUGUUUGCACAGGUGUGUACAACCCAAAACAUGAAACACAUGAACUGGAAACAGUGUAUCAUGGACACAGAGACAUUGAAAAUCAGCCAUCCCUCACAAGGCCAACAAAAGUUGUUCAAGAUGUGCAUGAAGGAAUUAAAUUCAUUUUGAAAGAAGAACAGUUCAGCUGCCAUUGAUUCAAACUUUCUUGCCAGACUUUCCACUGACACUGCGAGUGAGAUGCAAGUGAUUCUUCCAUCAAACUUGAGCGGUGGUCUUUGAACCUGUCACAAAUGAACAGAAUAAUUUCUGUGCAGAACACGCAGACGUAUGAGCUGUGGGACCAUAAAUUUGACAUGUUAGUGUCUGGUCACAUGAUGUCCGAUAUUUGUAUUGUGGUUGUUGGUAUUACUUUGUACAGGAGAGAAACUUGCAACAGGGUUUUUGGACUAAGGGAACAAAAAUGAUCUCAUUGUUAAUAGACAUGUGUACUAAGUCUGCCACCUGUAAUUAUUUUGUGGAAAAAUAGAUCUAAGGUUUAUAAAUCCUUGAAACAGUGACUGUAUUUUGUUUGUCCCAAAUGUCAGUAUUAUACUGAAAUGUUAUGAAGAUAUCAUUACUUUAAUGGCUACACUCGUUUGGUAUAGGCGUAAAAAGUUGGAUGGCAUAAUGCCCUUUGUAUCUGUAGUUCAAAUUUUGAUAACUGUUUCAAUGUUGGUAUUUGUGUGUUUUCUAUGAAUUGUUUUGAUAGGUAGUGUGAUUUAACGUUAAAUACAACUCGAUUUGA